CAUAAGUUUGACAGUUGUGGUUGUCUUUAUGUAAACUGUUAUUCGAGCAAGCCCUUUACAGUCAAACACAUUGCUGUUUCUCAUCAUCAACAGACCAGCGAAGGCACCACCGGAAAAUGCUAGAAUUGUCGCGCUAUCUGCGCGUGCGUGAUGAUCUGCCGUAAAUCGGAGCUGUAGCAGCCAGCGAAUGUUUGCGGAUCCAGAGGCCACAAACAUGUUAAGCUGAGCCGAGAUAGUCGACCAACAAGUAGUUUGAUCAGCGCUGUCCGUGAGCACGACUCGAAAAAUAGGGUCAGGUCCCAGGAUAUGCAGCGUUAAUGGUCGGAUCCCAUUCGUCAUGCAGUAUUUUAGUGUCUUGGUGAGCUAGCUCAUAUUGUGUUUUGUUCCGCGGUGUGUGUGUGUGUGUGUGUGUGUGUGUGUGUGUGUGUGUGUGUGUGUGUGUUAUGUGUUGACUGUAAAAAGGACAGUGCGUCACCGUACAAGAUGGACACUCCCGAAGAAGCUGAUAUAUGUAGGGUGUGUCGAUCUGAGGGAACUCAAGACAAACCUCUCUACCAUCCAUGUGUGUGUACUGGAAGUAUUAAGUUCAUCCACCAAGAAUGCUUGGUGCAGUGGCUUAAACACAGCAGAAAAGAGUACUGCGAAUUAUGCAAGCACAGAUUUGCUUUCACGCCAAUUUACUCUCCAGACAUGCCUUCACGGCUCCCAGUGCAGGACAUUUUUGCAGGAUUGGUCACCAGUAUAGGCACGGCCAUACGAUACUGGUUUCAUUACACGCUUGUUGCCUUCGCUUGGCUGGGGGUUGUACCUCUAACAGCAUGUCGCAUCUAUAAGUGUCUGUUCACUGGUUCAGUAAGCUCCCUCCUGACUCUGCCAUUAGACAUGCUCUCCACAGAGAACUUGCUGGCCGACUGCCUGCAGGGCUGCUUUGUGGUGACCUGCACCCUCUGUGCCUUCAUCAGUCUGGUGUGGCUGCGGGAGCAGAUUGUUCAUGGUGGUGCCCCUUUAUGGUUGGAGCAGAAUCAGCAGCAACCUGCCAAUGCAGCAGGACUGCCCAAUGAGGCCCCUGUCCCAGGUAAUGGAGGUGCUGAUAACCAGCCCAUGCCAGCCCCGGCCGAACCCCCGGCGGAGAACGCUGCAGUGGCUGAGCCCCCAGACGUUCCCCCUGAUCCUGCUGAAGAACUGGAGCUGGAUAACGAAGAUGAGGAGGACGGAGGUGCUGAAGAUGUGGCAGAUGCCAACAAUGGAGCACAGGAUGAUAUGAACUGGAAUGCCCUGGAAUGGGAUCGUGCAGCAGAGGAGCUCACGUGGGAGCGGAUGCUUGGACUUGAUGGAUCCCUGGUUUUCCUGGAGCAUGUCUUCUGGGUGGUCUCGCUAAACACACUCUUCAUCCUGGUGUUUGCAUUCUGCCCUUACCAUAUCGGCCAUUUCUCAGUGGUUGGACUUGGUUUUGAAGAAUAUGUUCAUGCCUCACACUUUGAGGGACUUAUCACCACUAUAGUUGGUUAUGUCCUUUUAGCCAUCACACUCAUCGUAUGCCAUGGAUUAGCAGCACUGGUGAGAUUUCAAAGAUCACGUCGUUUGUUAGGAGUCUGCUACAUUGUGGUGAAGGUGUCUCUGUUAGUGGUCGUAGAGAUUGGCGUGUUCCCCCUCAUAUGUGGCUGGUGGCUUGAUAUCUGCUCUCUGGAAAUGUUUGAUGCCUCAUUAAAAGACAGAGAGCUGAGUUUUGAAUCAGCUCCAGGGACCACCAUGUUCCUUCACUGGUUGGUGGGGAUGGUCUACGUCUUCUAUUUUGCUUCUUUUAUUCUUCUUCUCAGAGAGGUUCUUAGGCCUGGAGUCUUGUGGUUUCUCAGAAACCUGAAUGAUCCAGAUUUCAACCCAGUGCAGGAAAUGAUUCACCUACCAAUAUACAGACACCUGAGACGAUUCAUACUAUCAGUGGUUGUGUUUGGCUCAAUCGUCCUUCUCAUGUUGUGGCUUCCUAUCCGGAUAAUCAAACACAUCUUAUCAUCAUUUCUACCCUACAAUGUGAUGCUUUAUAGUGAUGCUCCAGUGAGUGAGUUAUCUCUGGAGUUGCUGUUGCUGCAGGUUGUUCUUCCUGCUUUGUUGGAACAGGGUCACACACGGCAGUGGCUCAAAGGUCUGGUUAGAGCCUGGACCGUGACCGCUGGCUACUUGCUAGACUUGCACUCUUAUUUGCUGGGAGACCAGGAAGACAACGAAAACAAUGCCAACCAGCAGGCCAACAACAACCAGCAGCAGCAGCAGCAGCCACGUAACAACGCCAUUCCUGUGGUGGGAGAGGGACUGCACGCUGCCCAUCAGGCCAUACUGCAGCAGGGCGGCCCAGUGGGCUUUCAGCCCUAUCACCGCCCCAUGAAAUUCCCUCUAAGGAUUGUAUUGCUAAUACUGUUCAUGUGUGUGACGCUGCUUUUGGCCAGCUUGGUGUGUCUCACGUUACCAGUGUUUACAGGCCGCUGGCUGAUGUCCUUCUGGACGGGCAGUGCUAAGAUCCAUGAGUUGUACACUGCAGCAUGUGGGCUGUAUGUGUGCUGGCUUUCCAUCAGAGCGAUUACAGUGCUGCUGGCUUGGAUGCCUCAGGGCCGCAGAGUCAUCCUGCUGAAAGUCCAGGAGUGGACCCUCAUGAUCAUGAAGACACUGAUUGUAGCUGUGCUGUUGGCUGGAGUGAUUCCUCUGCUCUUGGGACUGCUUUUUGAGCUGGUGAUUGUAGCUCCUCUUAGAGUACCGCUGGAUCAGACGCCUCUCUUCUACCCCUGGCAGGUGUACACUACAGUCUUCAAAGACAAAGGACAACAGGCUCUAACAAGGACAGAAAGAGAUGUGGAAGGCCAGAUGUACAACUAAACAAGAGAAUAAGUCAAGAGUCUCUAGUUUGAGAAAUAGACAACUCACUUGUCCUUAGCUGACAGCUUCAUUGAAUUCUACCCGCUCAACACCAGUUUAAUGUACAACAGUAAAGAGAAGACUCGGGUGCAGACCUUAUGGGAAGAAUGGCAAAGAACAAGCCACUUUUGAAACAGGAAAACAAAAAGAAAAGGUGUGGGCAAAGAAACACAGACAUUGGACAACAGAUAAUUGGAAAAGAGUGUUAUGGAUCCAUAACACGGCAACACUCUCUGGGGUGGCAUGACAGGGUACCUGAUUGCCCUGAUAUAUAUAUGAUACCUGGUGUAUGUAUGUAUAUGUGUGUGUAAAAUAUAUAUAUAAAUAUGUAAAUAACACUCAGCAAAAAACUUUCAGCAAACAUAACGAGUAAAUAUUUGUAUGAAUAUAAAGAUUUAACAACUAAGACAUAAACUGAACAAGUUUCACAGACAUGUGACUAACAGAAAUGGAAUAAUGUGUCCCUGAACAAGGGGUGGGGGUUCAAAAUCAAAAGUAACAGUCAGUAUCUGGUGAAGCCACCAGCUGCAUUAAGUACUGCAGUGCAUCUCCUCCUCAUGGACUGCACCAGAUUUUCCAGUUCUUGCUGUGAGAUGUUACCCCACUCUUUCACCAAGGCACUUGCAAGUUUCCAGACAUUUCUGGGGGGAAUGGCCCUAGCCCUGAACCUCCGAUCCAACAGGUCCCAGACGUGCUCAAUGGGAUUGAGAUCCAGGCUCUUCACUGGCCAUGGCAGAACACUGACAUUCCUGUCUUGCAGGAAAUCACAUACAGAAUGAGCAGUAUGGCUGGUGGCAUUGUCAUGCAGGAGGGUCAUGUCAGGAUGAGUAUGCAGGAAGGGUACCACAUGAGGGAGGAGGAUGUCUUCCCUGUAACGUACAGCGUUGUGAUUGCCUGCAGUGACAACAAGCUAAGUACGAUUAUGCUGUGACACACCGCCCCAGACCAUGACGGACCCUCCACCUCCAAAUUGAUCCCACUCCAGACUACCGGCCUUGAUGUAAUGCUCAUUCCUUCGACGAUAAACGCUAGUCCGACUAUCACCCCUGGUGAGACAAAACCACGACUCGUCAGUGAAGAGUAGUUUUUGCCAGUCCUGUCUGGUCCAGCGAAGGUGGGUUUGUGCCCAUAGAUGACGUUGUUGCCGGUGAUGUCUGGUAAGAACCUGCCUUACAACAGGCCUACAGCCUAUUGCGGACAGUCUGAGCACUGAUGGAGGGAUUGUGUGUUCCUGGUGUAACUCGGACUGUUGUUAUUGCCAUCCUGUACCUGUCCCGCAGGUGUGAUAUUCGGAUGUACCGAUCCUGUGCAGGUGUUGUUACACGUGGUCUGCCGCUGCAAGGACGAUCGUCUGUCCUUCCUGUCUCCCUGUAGUGCUGUCUUAGGCAUCUCACAAUACGGACAUUGCAAUUUAUUGGCCACAUCUGCAGUCCUCAUGCCUCCAUGCAGCAUGCCUAAGGCAUGUUCACGCAGAUGAGCAGGGACCCUGGGCAUCUUUCUUUUGGUGUUUUUCAGAGUCAGUAGAAAGGUCUCUUUAGUGUCCUAUGUUUUUAUAACUGUGACCUUAAUUGCCUACCGUCUGUAAGCUGUUAGUGUCUUAAUGACUGUUCCACAGGUGCAUGUUCAUUAAUUGUUUAUGGUUCAUUGAACAAGCAUGGAAAACAUUGUUUAAACCCUUUACAAUAAAGAUCUGUAAAGUUAUUUGGAUUUUUACAAAAUUAUCUUUAAAAUACGGUGUCCUGAAAAAGGGAUAUUUCUUUUUUUAUAUAUUCUCUCAUCAUUUACUCACCCUCAUGCCAUUCCAGAAACAUGGCUUGCUUUCUUUUGCAGAAUACAAAUAAAUAUUUUUAGAAGAAUAUUUAAGCUCUGUAGGUCCUUAAAAUUCAAGUGAAUGUUGGCCAGAACUUUGAAACUCCAAAACGCUAAUAAAUGCAGCAUAAAAGUAAUCCAUAAGACUCCAGUGGUUAAAUCUAUGUCUUCAGGAGCGACAUGAUAGAUGUGGGUGAGAAACAGAUCAAUAUUUAAGUCUUUUUACUCUAAAUCUCCACUUACACAUUCAGAUGUGAAACUAAACAGGCAUCAAAUAUGACUUUCAGAUGUGAAAGUGGAGAUUUAGAAAAUAAAAAGGACUUAAAUAUUGAUCUGUUUCUCAUGUUGUUGUUGAUAUUAAGGGGGGGCGCCAUGUCGGAUCUCAUCUAUCUAGGGCACCAAAUAAGCCAGAACUGCCACUGUAUGGAUCUUAACCCCAUUGAGCUUUUGUGGGAUCAGCUAGACCGAAAGGUGUGUGAGAAGUGCCCGACAAGACUGCCACAUCUAUGGCAAGUGCUACAGGAAGCGUGGGGUGAAAUGUCACCAGAGUAUCUGGACAAACUGACAGCUAGAAUGCCAAGGAUCUGCAAAGCUGUUAUUGCUGCACGUGAAGGAUUUUUUGAUGAAGUCUUUGAAGUAGUUUAAGAAAUUUGUUUUCGAAUUGUAAUAGUGAUUUUUCACGUUAUUAAUGUCCCUGACUAAACAUUGUGAUCAGUUGAAUGCCACUUUGGUGAAUAAAAGUACCAAUUUCUUUCCAUAAGAGCAAAAUCUGUUCAUUAUUACAAACUUUUGGCCCCCAGUGUAUAUCGUGACAUCAGCAGUCUCCUUGGCGAUCAUGAUUUCAAACUCGAUUACACAGAGCGAUAGAUGGCUCUAGGAAGUGUGUGCGUGAAACAUUAGGAAGUGUAAUCGAGCUUGAAAUCAUGAUCGUGCUUGGAGACUGCUAUGGCAAGAUGUACAGUUAAAAAGGAGUUACAUUUUAGUCUGUUCUCACCCAAGUCUUAUGGAUUACUUUUAUGCUGUCUUUGUGCUUUUUGCAGCUUCAAAUGUCUGGCCACCAUUCACUUGCAUUGAAAUGACCUACAGAGCU